GGGGAGGGGGAGAGGGGAGAGGACCGGGUGCGUGUGCAGAGAGGCGUCGCAUCUGGAGGGCAAAAGCGGAGGAUGGAAUCUGUCCGCUUUGUGCGAUUGGUGCAAUUCCAUUGAACUGUAUAGACGUUCAGGAAAAGUUAAACUUUAAUUGAUUGCAAGCUGACUCAACCAAAGUUACAGCAGCAGAUCAUUGUAACCAAACCCAAUCCUGUCCUCAUCUGACAAGCAAACAAACAAACAGACACCAUUUGCAGGAGGGCCUUCGAGAGGGGAGCAGAAUGGCUGAAAACUCGAGCACGAAUGGCACUGAAUGCAUUUCGCUGAUGCUGAGAAAAGGAAAUUCAGGAACGUCACCUAAUGAAGAAAAGGGAAAGGUGAGGAACAGCUAAACUCUCAACAGCUCAGUAAUCCAUAUCGAUUAGAUUUGUGUGUUUUUCUCAAGUUGUGCAGCUAGACAGUUCGGUGAAGACCUUUGAACCCCUCCUCGUUCCUGCCUUCAUCUGUCAUGGAAAAACAUAAAGUAAAGCGACAGCGCCUUGAUCGGAUGUUGGAAGAGUGAAGAUGAUGGAUACACAUCGAGAGACAAAGUGGAGCAGCGGCCUGGAGAGCUUAAAUCAUGGGCAGGAUGAUGAAGAUCGCCAAAAACUCCCAUGCAUCCUAGACAUGACAAGUGGGAGAGUUAUGAAAAGGCAUUAUGGCUAUCGCUGGGUUCCGACAGAUGAAGCAAUGAAGAUUUUUUUACACAAAAAUGACUACAGUAUGCACAGCAUUCGUCCUCCUAUCAUGAAUGGCCCCAUGCACCCGCGCCCCCUGGUGGCGCUGCUGGAUGGCCGCGAUUGCACCGUAGAAAUGCCCAUUCUAAAAGAUGUAGCAACAGUGGCUUUCUGUGAUGCACAAUCCACACAAGAAAUUCACGAGAAGGUACUAAAUGAAGCAGUGGGGGCGCUGAUGUACCACACAAUCACUUUAACACGCGAAGACCUGGAAAAAUUCAAAGCACUUCGAAUAAUUGUCAGAAUCGGGAGUGGUUUUGACAAUAUUGAUAUCAAAUCAGCUGGGGAUUUAGGUAUUGCUGUAUGCAACGUGCCAGCAGCAUCCGUGGAGGAAAUAGCAGACUCUACAAUGUGCCACAUUCUGAACCUGUACAGACGGACCACCUGGCUCCACCAAGCUUUGCGGGAAGGCACAAGAGUUCAGAGCGUUGAACAGAUACGGGACAUUGCUUCAGGAGCUGCCCGGAUUCGAGGAGAGACGCUUGGCAUCAUUGGCCUUGGUCGGGUUGGUCAAGCGCUGGCAUUGCGUGCAAAAGCGUUUGGUUUUAAUGUGAUUUUCUACGACCCUUACCUAUCAGAUGGCAUUGAGCGCGCGCUGGGGUUACAGCGAGUGAGCACCUUACAGGACCUCCUCUUUCACAGUGACUGUGUGUCCCUACAUUGCAAUCUGAACGAACACAACCACCACCUUAUUAAUGAUUUCACCAUCAAACAGAUGAGACAGGGAGCCUUUCUGGUGAAUACUGCCCGGGGCGGGCUUGUCGAUGAAAAGGCACUGGCUCAGGCUUUGAAGGAAGGAAGGAUACGAGGGGCAGCCUUGGAUGUACACGAAUCAGAGCCAUUUAGUUUCAGUCAAGGUCCAUUAAAAGAUGCUCCGAAUCUGAUCUGCACCCCACACGCAGCCUGGUACAGUGAGCAGGCAUCUAUUGAAAUGCGGGAAGAGGCAGCUCGUGAGAUCAGGAGGGCGAUCACAGGGCGCAUUCCAGACAGCCUGAAAAAUUGUGUUAACAAAGAUUACCUGACCGCAGCGACUCACUGGGCUGGAAUGGACCCCACAGUUGUUCACCCAGAGCUAAACGGCGCUGCCUAUAGAUACCCACCAGGCGUCGUUGGGGUGGCUCCUGCUGGAAUGCCGGCAGCAGUAGAAGGAAUAGUGCCCAGCGCUGUGCAGUUGUCACACAGCCUCUCCACAGUAGCCCAUCCACCACACACCCCAUCCCCAGGCCAGACAGUCAAACCGGAGUCUGACAGAGAUCACACAGGGGACCAAUUGUAGCCGGAUGGGCCACAGCCCGAGAUGGUCACCAGCGGAGGGAGAUGUCCAGCAAAGACCUGGUUGUGGAAUUUUGGUGAACAAUGGACUAUGGAAGUAACUGAGAGCUUAGAAACUGGUCCCACUUCAGAUGCGAUGUGGGCGAGAAGAAGACAUUCGGUUUAAUCUGUUCCUCCGUUAUAUUGUAACUUGUCCCUGUCCAGUGGACUGACUAACUGUUUCUGUGUCAUAUGGGUUCCCUGUGAGCAAGAAAAAAGUUCCAGUAGUUAAUUAUUCUAUCAUGAAUAUACUUUGUCUGUGUACAGUUUUAGAGCGUAAGGGUUUAUUCGCUUAGCUGUGAAACAGAAACCAAGCGAGGCAUUCGUUUUUU